UCAAUGUCGGAACGUUCCGAAGAUGACGUCGGAGCGUUCUCGAAUCCCGUGUCUCUCGGCUGCUGCUGCCGAAGGAACAGGGAAAAAGCAACAAGAAGGAAGAGCAAUGGCGACACUGGAUCGCAAAGUGCCCAGUCCGGAGGCGUUUCUGGGCAAACCCUGGUCCUCCUGGAUCGACGCCGCCAAAUUACACUGCUCCGACAAUGUAGAUUUAGAAGAGGCUGGAAAAGAGGGUGGAAAAAGCAGGGAGGUUAUGAGGCUUAAUAAAGAAGAUAUGCACUUAUUUGGCCAUUACCCAGCACAUGACGACUUCUAUCUCGUAGUGUGCAGUGCCUGUAACCAGGUCGUCAAGCCACAGGUUUUCCAGUCGCACUGCGAGAGAAGACACGGUUCAAUGUGUAGACCUUCUCCCUCUCCAGUGUCUCCAGCCUCCAAUCCCAGGACAUCACUAGUACAGGUGAAAACAAAAGCCUGUCUCAGCGGCCAUCACUCUGCCAGCAGCACCUCAAAGCCAUUCAAAACGCCCAAAGACAAUCUACUUACCUCCAGCAGCAAACAGCACACAGUCUUUCCUGCGAAAGGAUCAAGGGAUAAACCAUGCGUUCCGGUUCCUGUAGUCAGUUUAGAGAAAAUUCCUAACCUAGUGAAGGCAGAUGGUGCCAAUGUCAAAAUGAACUCUACAACCACUACUGCAGUUUCUGCCUCCUCCACCUCAUCCUCUGCCGUCUCCACCCCUUCUUUAAUUAAGCCUGUCCUGAUGUCCAAGUCAGUGCCACCUUCACCAGAGAAGAUCUUAAAUGGCAAAGGAAUUCUGCCAUCCACCAUAGACAAGAAACACCAAAAUGGCACCAAAAACAGCAACAAGCCUUACAGGAGACUUUCAGAGAGAGAAUUUGACCCAAAUAAACACUGUGGAGUAUUGGAUCCCGAGACAAAGAAACCUUGCACAAGAUCCCUCACCUGCAAGACACAUUCGCUAAGCCAUCGGAGGGCAGUCCCAGGCCGGAAAAAGCAAUUCGACCUCCUCCUGGCAGAACACAAAGCCAAGUCCCGGGAAAAAGAAGUUAAAGAUAAAGAGCAUCUCCUGACUUCCACGAGGGAAAUACUUCCCAACCAAUCCGGGCCGGCGCAGGAUUCUCUGCCAGGGUCUUCAGGGAGCUCUGGGCCAGAACCGAAAGUUGCAUCCCCUGCAAAAUCCAGGCCACCUAACUCUGUACUUCCUAGACCACCAUCUGCAAAUAGCAUAAGCAGCAGCGCGUCUUCGAAUCAUAGCGGCUACACUCCAGAGCCCCCACUCCCACCUGUUGGAAGUGACCUCGCCAGCCGACUGUCCAGUGAUGAAGGGGAGAUGGACGGAGCCGACGAAUCCGAGAAGCUAGACUGUCAGUUCUCCACGCACCAUCCCAGACCUCUUGCGUUUUGCUCAUUUGGGAGUCGCCUCAUGGGACGAGGGUACUAUGUUUUUGAUAGAAGAUGGGAUCGUUUUCGAUUCGCACUAAACUCCAUGGUAGAAAAACACCUGAAUUCACAGAUGUGGAAGAAGAUCCCUCCUGCGGCAGAUAGCCCCCUGCCCUCGCCAGCAGCCCACAUCACCAACCCUGUUCCAGCAUCCGUUUUGCAGCCUUUCAGCAACCCCAGUGCUGUGUAUCUUCCUUCAGCUCCCAUCAGCUCGAGGCUCACCUCUUCUUACAUAAUGACAUCAGCCAUGCUCUCAAACGCAGCUUUCGUGACAUCGCCGGACCCGAGCGCCCUCAUGUCCCACACCACAGCUUUCCCUCAUGUGGCCGCAACCCUCAGCAUCAUGGACUCAACCUUCAAGGCCCCAUCCGCCGUGUCCCCGAUACCAGCUGUCAUCCCUUCCCCAUCCCACAAGCCAUCCAAAACCAAAACCAGCAAAUCCUCAAAAGUCAAAGACCUGUCCACCCGUAGCGACGAGUCUCCAAGUAACAAAAAGAGGAAGCCACAGUCUUCGCCUUCCUCCUCCUCCUCCUCCUCAUCCUUGCAGACAUCCCUCUCGUCUCCACUGUCAGGGCCUCACAAAAAGAACUGUGUUUUGAAUGCCAGUUCUUCUUUGAACUCCUAUCAGGCGGCCCCUCCCUAUAACAAUCUGUCUGUGCACAACUCAAACAAUGGGGUGAGCCCACUCAGUGCCAAACUGGAGCCCUCAGGACGGACCUCGCUGCCCAGCGGCCCCGCGGACAUAGUGAGACAGGUGGGCGCGGUGGGAGGCAGCAGUGACUCCGGUCCCCUCUCUGUGCCCUCCCUUGCGCUCCACGCAGGGGACCUCUCUCUGGCCUCACACAAUGCUGUGUCUUCUCUGCCCCUCUCUUUUGACAAAUCAGAAGGAAAAAAGCGUAAGAACUCAAGUUCUAGUAGCAAAGCCUGUAAAAUCACUAAAAUGCCUGGUAUGAAUAGCGUUCACAAAAAGAACCCGCCCAGCCUUCUCGCACCGGUGCCCGAUCCCGUUAACAGCACCUCCUCUCGGCAGGUUGGGAAAAAUAGCAGCCUAGCUUUGUCACAAUCCAGUCCUUCAAGUAUAUCCAGCCCAGGACACAGCCGACAGAACACAAACAGAACGGGCAGGAUAAGGACUCUUCCAUAACAAGACUAUGAAGCCACUUCCACACCAAUUCCAGGCCACCUAAUCCCAUCCCAGGAGGCCACGGGGAGGAGGAGGGAGGGGAGUGGGCUGGAGGGAGAGUCUGUUUUCUGUGUACUCCCUGUGACUCUGGCCUUUCUUCUUCUUUUUUAAUUGACCAAUUUUUAGUUUUAAAGAAAAAGGCAAAAGAACGUGAAUUUGAGAUUUACAGAAAACAGUUCCAGUGUUUGGUUUCCGUUGUCUUUUCUUUCAUUUGCCAUGUUUUUACAUUCUUCCAAAUUUGGGGUCAUUCCCCUAGCUCCUGAUGCUGCUACUGUACCAUCCUUUUGCUCCAGCCAUGACAGUAGACAUUGCAGAAUGUUGGUUCAGGUUGGCAUGCUCUGAAGCUCUUGAACUUCAGCACAGGCAGAGCCCUUUUUCUUCCUGUCCUUUCCACCCGAUCCCUUCCGUCCCCACAUCUGCCACUCUCUGGGUCCUCACUGGCCUUCAAAGGACCUGGCUCUCCUAGGAUCCCCUCAGGACUGCCUGCAGGGAGAGGGGACUUUGCUGGGGAGGAGCUGAGAGUGGAGCGUUGGAGAGUGGGUGGGGUUCCCUCAUCGGGUUUCCACAGCCCACCAUGGCUGGAGCCAAAUGCUAGAAGCAAGAUUGAGAACAGUGGCCAUUUAGUCAUGUGGUUUACCUAAUACCACUGGCCAGCUGUGCAGCUCAGAAAGGAUAAACCAGUCAGGGACAGGGACAGGGGCCAGAACAGGUUUGGGAAGGUGGCAGCAAACAGAGCAUGGUGGCUAGGAGAUGACCCCUAAAAAAAAACUGGGGACUGUGGUGGUCUGAGCUGGUCAGGAAUCUACAGAAUCCCUUCCAGGGAUCAGUGUGCCCAUGCCCACAGCAGGGUGAACUAGGAGGGAGAAAUCCCAGGAAAAAGGUCAUGAGAACCCAGAAAGCCACUCCAUGAGGAGGCACAGUGACCACAGCUGCUAAAGGUUCUUAGGCUGCCUUCCUGGGCUAGGAAGAGCCCUCCAGGGAGAGCUUCUGCAAAAGGGUAUGUGUCACACCUUUUGUGAGAAGGAAUAAUAGCAUUUCCCACCCACCCACCCCCAUGCCCUGGGCCACAGGGACCUGGUGGGAUCAGCACACCCAUGGAUCAGCUUUUGCUGUGUUAGAGACAGCCAUCCCCAAGAAGGAAUGGUAAGGACAGCCACUGCUCAGUGAAGAACAGCCAUUUGGAAGAGCCAUGCUGGAGCCCUGCAGCCAUAGAACUAUUCACACUGGAGUUUUGAAAAAAACAGCAAUACCGUCAGCUCUAGUAGGGAAUCAUAAUCAGGAAAGGAAUUCACAACAUAAAAUAGGUGUUCUGUGCUAUUAAUCAUGUAACUUUGCAUAUGAUGUAUAGCAGAGAUACUGGGAGGUUUUGCUUCAUCCCUAAAUCAGAAAUGAAUGCUAGUUUCACAGCUGGGCAGAACCCUCAUCCCCAACCAGAAGUUUUCCUUUUCUUUCCCAUUCCCCCAACCCAAAGAUCGGACCACUGUUAGGUUUCACCACACAAUUGGAAUUGCAAAGACGGGAGGCAAAUGGAGUGAUUUGCAUCAAUGGAAUUGCACUGACAGUGAGUGUUUCUUAUAGGAUUACUAAAUUUUUUCAUACGAAAUGAUUUUUUUAAAAAUCAGGAGUUGAUAUUAAGUACCAGGACAUUAGUUCGGAUGAUUUCGUUUUUAUUUCUGCAGUGUUAAAAGUGCACUUAUAUGCUGGUUUAUUUACGUCUUGGGGAAAGAGACUGCAAAGUGAAGGGACGAUUGUUACUUUUUCUUUUUUAAAAAAAAAAGUUAAGGCAGAUUUUAAGACUUAUAAAUGUUUAAGAAAUUAUAAACAAGGUUAGACCCUUUGAAAAAAAAUUUAGAAGAUAUUCUUAAAGUAAAUUUUUAUAGUGUUAAUUUUGUAAUAAUUUAUGUUUUACUAUAUUGCAGAGCUAACUGACCAGAAUAGUUUCAGAAACAAUAUGAAACUUAGGAAAGUUUAAGCAAUGUUUAUAUUUUUAAACUGUUCUUUGAAUUAUGUUUUUAUUGUACAUUUCUUCAGACUGAAAAGUAUGUACAUAUCUUUGUUAUUUUUGCACAAUUUUGUCCUGUUGGGUUUCAGAGGUCUGUUGUUUUUUAUAAUUUAUUUUGAGUUGUAAAUCUUGCAGGAGUAAAAACAAAACAAAAUCUCCGCAACAAAAUACCCUCUGAUUUAUAAACUCUUAUGGUCAAAGAGGGAAAACAAAGGUUGAGAGAUUAAGUGGCUGCUUCUGAGAAAUAAUGUCUCAAGGACUAAAGGAGCAAUUCAAUAGGUUUAGACAUUGUAGCUCUCUACAUCUUGAAUUGGAAGCUGGAAUAAAGAGCCCCCCUACCCCCCACCCCCUCAUCAAAUGCUGCUUACUUUGUCAAAAGACUGGCUAUGACCAAGGUGAGGACAUUUGUGGAAAACUGGGCAAAAAGGGAAAGCCCACGGUAUUCUUCCUUUGCAACCAACCACAGGUUUACUUUACAGUGAUGUAUUAAAAACUUGCAGCUUGAAAAACGGAAUACAAAUAAAAGGUUCUUUUUGGGUUUGUCUUAAUGGAGUUAAACUGGAGCAGCCUAUAAAACAUUUUUAGGGUGAUGUCCUCUGGGUCCUUCUGUUCUGCACACCCACUCAGUCUUCUCUCCCAGCCCCUUGACUGCACACACCCCUCUUUGCCUGAAGAUCUCCUGACUUGUCGCCAGCCAUAGAGGCUCGAAAGCUCUGGUUGUUAAGCAUAACGCAAUGCAUAGACCUGUCAGCCAUAAAAAAAGAAAAAAAAAAAAAAAAAAAA